AGAGCCAACUACGUACGCGGGCAAGGCGCUUAAAAAUGGAGCAGAGGCUCACUGGAGGAGGGCCCUGUGGCAAGCCGUUGACCGAUUUCGAGCAAAAAUCUUUGGCAGCUUUUGGAUCAGUAGCUGUGGAUGGAGUGGAAACUAUUGAAAGCUUUGGUUUAGGGCUGCCGCGAAAACAAAUUGUAGAAUCGUCGAUAAUUGAGUGUCCAAUAUCAUCUACUGAAAGUAGACUGCCUAGUUCAGCACCACUGCCAAGCCUAUUAUUGUCGCCAACCCCACUACCUUCGCCAAACCCACUACCAUCGUCAAACCCACUACCAUCGCCAGGCCCACUACCAUCGCCAAACCCACUGCCAUCGUCAAACCCACUACCAUCGCCAGGCCCACUACCAUCGCCAAAUUCAGCACAAUCUCCAUAUGAUUCACCGUUAUUUAGCUCGGAUAAUCAGAUUGACACCGAUUCGGAUGCCAGGACAUCACGGCCAUUACGAGGGGAGCGCAAUAAGCUAAUUAGUACUCUUAUUGCUAACAUAGCAAAGAGGAAUGCUGCUGAAGAACACAGGCAACAUCAUGAAGAGGAACAGCGUCGGGAGCACCGGAAAGUAAUACAUGCCAUCCAUGACCUAACAAGAGUUGUCGCAGAGUUAAUAAAUGUUUUAAAACAAAACUCUGGUCAUUAGAGUUGGGAGACUGAAUUUUAUAUUUUUUUUAAUUCCUUAUUUUUCAA